AUGAGGUUGGAUAAUAGCCAAUACACGUAUUUAUAUCUCCUAUUUAGAGAUCGAAAACAAAGUUCAAUUUAUACAUUUACUGAUAAUAUUCCUAUUGAAAGUGAAGCAGUUAAUCAUAGUUUGUUAAAACUCCGAAGUAGUCAAAUUCAAUGUGAUGCAGUUAUCUUUGUUUCUGGUCUCCCAGGCAGUUAUUUCAAUCCCCAAAAUUAUAGAUCAGAAAUCAAUUCAUUGAGAUCAGAUUAUCCAGGAUAUUAUAUCACAAGUAAAAGUCACAACAUCUCAAUUAUUUACUCUUAUUAUCCAUUCUCAACGACAGUGAAACAUAAUGUGAGCGAGAUCAAAUUGAGACUUCAAACGAAUAACGGACCAGAACGAAAUGUCACUGUUCAAGAAGGCGAAACAUACUCAAUCGAAAGUAUCAAUCGCAUGAUCAUCUAUCAUCCAAAUGCCUAUGUUGAAUUCUCUCAAAUCAAAUUUGAUGAUCCAAAUGUUAACUUUAAAGGCAAAUAUAGUCAAAAAAGUUUCAGCGGCGGAGCAUGGAUUUCUAUUCCUAUACAAACUUCGUCUAAUCCAGAGAAAACACCAGAAGAUCAGAAUUCUAAAUCUAAUUCAGGUAAACUUGGAGCAGGAGCAAUUGUCAGUAUUGUCGUCGGUAUCUUAGUUGUUGCAGCUAUUGUUGCCGUUGUAGUCAUUUUCGUUCUUAAAUCACGAUCCAAUGGAACCGACGCAAGCGAUAUUGAUAUUCAAUUUGCAAACAUUGUAUAA